AUCCGCUCCUCAACUCAACGGUCGAAUCCCCUCGAAUUCGAAUCCUAGCCGGAGCGACACCCAGACCCACCUCGCAUGGCGGCGGCGGCGGCGGCGGCGACGGCGAAGGCGGCGGAACAGAUCCUGGUGCUCGACGAGGAGACUCUGGCGCUGAUGGGGAGCCACGUCGCGGUGGCGCCGGGCGCCGAGUUGGAGGCGUCCAAGGAGAACGUGCGGCCGCUCAAGCGCGGGCGCGACGUGGCCCUCCUCAACCGCGCGCUCAAAGCGCACGCCAACCCCGCACAGCGCGCCGCCCUCCUCGCCGAAAGGAGGAGCAUGAUCGAGGCCAUCGAGGAGUACCGCGGCGAAGAUCCACUCCAACCGUGGCUAGACUGCAUCAAGUGGGUUCAGGAGUCGUUCCCGUCCGGCGGGGAGUGCUCGGGGCUGGUGGUGAUGUACGAGCAGUGCGUGCGGGCCUUCUGGCACGACGAGCGAUACAAGGACGACCUCCGCUACCUCAAAGUGUGGCUGGAAUACGCUGGGAAUUGCGCUGAUACCGAGGUGAUAUUCAGGUUCUUGGAGGCCAACCAGAUUGGGCAGGGCCAUGCCAUUUACUACAUGUCUUAUGCGGCACUGAUGGAGUCGAAGAACAAGCUGAGGAAAGCCAAUGAGAUUUUUAACAUUGGUAUAGAAAGGAAAGCAAAGCCUGUGGAGAAGUUGGAAGCAGUAUAUAGGACAUUUCUUCGAAAAACAACCAAAAGGAGGGAACACUCUGAGGAUGAUACAUCAAAUGAUGAUCAGCCAGUGCGCAGCUUCGGGAGUGACUUGAACCGUGGAGGCCGGAAUGCAGAGAACUCCCACCUGGGGAAACCAAGGGCACUGCAAAGAAUCGAUGCUAACAGGCUACUUUCAGUUUACAAAGAUGAGAAGUCGUUACCAAAUCAGGGCCUUGAUAGAAUAAGGAGCAAAGAAAAUAACACGAGCUGGCGCACCCUUGGAACACAAGCAGAUAGGAACAAAGAAAAUAACAUGAUGCCUGCUAAAUGGACGUCGCACAAGGUUCCACAAAAGUUAGGAGCGAGAGCAACAGUUCAGUCAACUCGAGCCAGUUCCAUUGAGGUCUUCGUAGACGAUGAAUGUGCACAGGAACUGGCUCGGCAAGUGCCAAAGAGCCCAAAUCCUUCUGUUCUGAAGCUCAGGCAAGCAACAAGCAAAAACCUUAAGAAGGAAACUGAAUUGCUUAAGGAGAACCCGCUGCGCAACUUCCCUCUGAGCAGCCUUAGAUAAAUCAGCAUUUGCUGAUUCUGCGCAACAUUUUUAUUUAUUGAUUUUGUUAUUUGGUUGUUGUGCGGUUGUGCCUUUAUGCCCAAAUAAGCUUUAGCCUCUAAAGCUUACACUAAUAGCCCGUGGGCUUAUUUGAGUGUUGUAAUCUUCUACUCUAAGUUGAUUGUUCAAUCCUCUCGAGGAUUGGAUAGACCUGCAGAUCUCGAGUGCCUAUGCAAAUCUAAUAGCUUCACUAA